UCCUAUGUUACUUCGUAUACAUAGAAAGAGUUUAAUUACAUAAUAAUAAUAACAAUGGUUUCUAUUCGCUAAAACUCAGCGUCACAUUCACCCGCACAACAAAGUACAACACAGUGCAGGGGCUCAAUUAUGGAGAAAGCAAUUCAAAGACAGAGAGUUCUGCUUGAACAUCUUCAACCCAUUUCUUCAAGUUCAAAUUUUUCCUCUCAAACCCAUCAAUCUACGGAUCUCUCAGCUUCAUUAUGUUUUGCUGGGAAUUCUUCGCAUGGUCAAACAGGUGGAUCAGAUGAUGACGUGGUGAUUGUAGCUGCAUAUCGUACUGCCAUCUGCAAAGCAAAGCGUGGGGGCUUUAAGGAUACCCUUCCAGAUGACCUUCUUGCCACAGUUCUGAAGGCUGUAAUAGAGAAAACAAAUGUGGACCCUGCGGAAGUUGGAGAUAUUGUCGUGGGCACAGUACUGGCACCUGGAUCAGAUAGAGGAAUUGAGUGCAGAAUGGCUGCCUUUUAUGCAGGUUUCCCAGAGACUGUGCCUCUUCGAACUGUCAAUCGGCAGUGUUCAUCUGGACUUCAGGCGGUUUCUGACGUAGCUGCCUAUAUAAAAGCCGGGUUCUAUGACAUUGGUAUUGGGGCUGGACUGGAGUCUAUGACAGUAGAUCGUGUGAAUAGGCUUCCCAACAUUAACCCAAAGGUAGAGACCUUUGCAGAAGCCCGGGAUUGUCUUCUUCCAAUGGGAAUCACUUCUGAGAAUGUAGCACAACGUUAUGGUGUGACAAGGCUAGAGCAAGAUCAGGCUGCUGUUGAGUCUCACAAGCGAGCUGCAGCUGCAACAGCAGCUGGCAAGUUCAAAGAAGAAAUCAUUCCAGUUUCUACAAAGUUUGUGGACCCUAAAACUGGAGUGGAGAAGAAAAUUAUUGUUUCUGUCGAUGAUGGUAUCCGGCCAAACACAAAUUUAGCAGAUUUGGCAAAGCUGAAGCCUGCAUUCCAGAAAGAUGGAACCACGACAGCAGGGAAUGCUAGCCAAAUUAGUGAUGGUGCAGCAGCUGUGCUCCUCAUGAAGAGAAGAGUGGCUGUGCAAAAGGGGCUUCCUAUUCUUGGAAUCUUCAGGAGUUUUGCUGCUGUUGGAGUAGAUCCUGCAGUCAUGGGUGUUGGCCCUGCUGUUGCUAUCCCAGCUGCAGUGAAAUCUGCUGGUCUUGAACUUGGCAACAUUGACUUAUUUGAAAUCAAUGAGGCAUUUGCAUCGCAGUAUGUUUAUUGCCUCAAGAAAUUGGGACUUGAUCCCAGAAAGGUCAAUGUCAAUGGUGGUGCCAUUGCUCUUGGACAUCCUUUGGGCGUUACAGGUGCACGUUGUGUUGCAACUUUGUUGAAUGAGAUGAAACGCGGUGGCAAGGAUUGUCGCUUUGGUGUAAUCUCAAUGUGCAUAGGGUCAGGUAUGGGAGCUGCUGCUGUAUUUGAAAGGGGGGACUUUUAAAGAUUUGUGCAAGUUUAGAAUAGUUCAUAAAAAUAACGAUCUUUUGUCACCGGAUGCUUGAUAUUAGACAUAAUUUGAAGUGUUUCUAUUUUGAAUUCAGUUUUGGUUGAAAUGUUACAAAAAAUUGGAAGUGUAAACAAGAUUUAUUUUAACCAUGAUUAUGACUCAGAUGGAGAAUAGAAACUAUAGCACUGAGUUUGCUUACUCAA